AUGAAUGCUGAAGAUGCAAUGAUUGCGAGAAAGGGAAAAGAAGGGGAGGAUAAGAAGUCAGACAAGAAAAGGCCGGCCCUGACGAUCAGAGAUGAAAAGGAAACCAAGUAUAAGAAACCCAUGGUCAACCAGAAUGAAAGGGCAUCUCGCUAUAAGAACACGGAGAGGUAUACAAAUGACACUCCUUUAAAUAUGCCGAUAGAUAAAGUUUUCCUACAGAUCCAGGAUGAACCAUAUCUGAAGUGGCCACCUAAGUUGAAGUCAGAUCCGGCAAGGAGACCUCGUGCUAAGUAUUGUAGGUUCCAUAAAGACCAUGGGCACGCUACAGAGGAUUGCUUCGACCUUAAGGAUCAAAUUGAGACUCUGAUCCGAAGGGGGCACAUGCAAAAAUUUAUUGUGGGGAAUGACAGAACCGACAUUAACCCACUAAGAGCAGGCCGAGAUAACCACCCUCCUGAUCAACAACCAAUAGGAGAGAUCAGGGUCAUAGCCGGGGGGUGUGCAGGAGGUGGAGAAUUGAGCUCAGCCCGUAAGGCCUAUGCAAGGAGAAUGCGAAGCUCAUCUGAGGUGUGCGAAGUGGGAGUACAGAUUCAACAUCGAAAGAUGCCUCGUUUAGGUGAUCCAGUUAUUACAUUCUCAGAUGAAGACAUGAAAGAUGUGCAGCAGCCUCAUGACGACCCUCUUGUUGUCACCAUGAUGAUCGCUAACUAUAAUACUCGGCGAAUCUUGGUAGAUAACGGAAGUUCAACUAAUAUCAUUUUUCUUGAUGCAUUCAGCAAGAUGAAGAUUGGUAAGGAGAAACUCAGACCUACCAGAUCACCAUUGGUGGGAUUCACGGGAGACAAAGUCUAUCCUCUAGGAGCAGUCAUCCUUCCUGUCACUGCAGGAACUAGCCCAAAAUAA